CAUUCAGUGUAUUUAUUAGUUCACUUGUAGUGUGUAUCAACUGGCAGCUGAGGGCCUACAGUAUUAUUUUUUGUGAUUUUGCACACAUGCAUACAUACACAAGUGUGCUUUUUCUGUGUGUGCGUCUCUGUGCAGGCGUGUGCGGAGUGAAGCUGUGUGUGUUCUUACUAUUGUGGCGGUGCGUUGAUGGAAAACCUAUCUAGUUUUCCUCUGUGUCACAGCAGCAGUCCCCCUAAAGGUUUAAAACAGAGAGCGAGGAGGGGGAGGGCGGAGGGACAGAAAGAUGGUAACACACUCCAGGAGAAAGACGUCUCAGAAAGAAGUCGAUUUUAAUAUUUUUUGGAAGAAUUUCACUGGGGGUUUUUUUUUUUCAGGUGGAAAGAGUGAAGGAGAUAGAGAAAAAAAAGAUUCACACACUCUCACACGCUCUCUGAUUGUGGGUGUGUCCACAGCUAUAAGUACCUUCACUGUUACCUGUGUUACUUAUAUCCCUGCAUGAGGCUCAGAACAGACACACUGACACACACCUGUCAGCCGACACACCUGCCCUGCACUUGAGAAGCUGCGCUCUGCUGUACGUCUUCAGGCUGCCAUCCAGAUGUCGCCGUGCAUGACCUCACAUUUCUGCCUGCUGGUCCUACCAGUGAUGUCACUGCUGCUGCUCUUCUCUCCUAUUGGUUGGAGCUACGAUGGCCUCACCCCAGGGUGUCACCUACACCCCUUCAAUGUGAGCAUUCGCAGUGACCGCCGCGGCACAUGCAAAGGCACCCACCUGGUCUACGCCUGCGUGGGCUACUGCGAGUCCAGCGCCUUCCCAUCCAGAUACUCUGUGCUGGUGGCCUCCAACUUCACCCACAACAUCACCUCCGCCUCACGUUGCUGCACCAUCAGCAAGGAUGCUAAGGUCAAAGUUCGCCUGGACUGCCCCCGAGGUCGUCACCACGACGAAAUAGAGAUCCUGACAGCGAAGGCGUGUCGCUGCGACAUGUGUCGCAAGUCCCGCUACUGACACAUCAAAUGUACCACCCAAUGUACACCAGAGUAAGAACCAAAUUACAGUUUUGUCAGUUAAGCGGUUCAAACUUUGGUAAAUGAUAUAAAUACAAGAUUCUCAGUGAUGUAACAGUAACUAUCCUCUUUCUCCUUUAUCUACGUCGACUUGUUAUGAAUGUUGAAAAAAAUCAUCAACAAAAAUAACUUAUUUAACUGAAAACUAAUCAGCCUUCUACCAAGUUAUCAUCACCAGGGUUUCCUUCAUUUGGGUUCUCAAAUAGGACAGGAAGGUGGGCGGAUCAGGCAGAAUAAACCCUGCUCUAGAACAGUGCCUUAAAGUUAAAAUGGGAAAUUUACACUUCUUAUGUCUAUAAAGAUAUGCUGUUUGUGUGAGUGUGUGUAUGUAUGUGUGUGUGGUUGUGUUAAAUGUGAUGUAAGGGAGGUUUUUCUAGAAAACUUGAUUGACACACGUUUGUGUUAAAGCGUGUAUAAAACCAUUCUGUCACUCAUACUUCAAACAAACUGAACCUUUUUAUUUUUUUUAUUUUUUUUGCUUUGAGGCUUGGCAGACACUUGACUUUCUAAGCAGCUAUAAAUAAAAGACUUAGUCACACUACCUUUCAUACUUAGUAUGCAGUAGCAAGUGUCAGUAAACAGAGACUUCAGGAUUGUAAUUAGUCAAACUCACGACCCAAAAACACAGAUUUUAACAUUUUGAAAAUAUGCAAAAUGAAUGAGAACAUUACAUUACAUUUAAGACAGUUACAUAAUCUCUUCAUUGACAUGCAUUAAACAUAAAAAUCAAUAUAUUGUCAACCUUUGGAAUCAAUAUAAAAGUCAUAUAUACAACUAGGGUCAUUCCUUGCAAUAACCACUAAACACAGACAAGACACCAAAGAAUGUACAACAUUUAUUUAUAUUUAUGGAUUUGAACUAAAGGACAUUUGUAAAUAAUAUCUAUUGAUGAAACCAAAGAAUGUUGGAAAUGUCAAUUAAAUGAAAAAAGAAAGAAUGCACUGUAUAGUUUGUGAUGAAAUUGUAUUUCAAUAAAUUUCUAUUCUGCAACUGUAAA